AUGGAGCUUGCUUUUGAGGAGCAAGGAGUGAUGAACUACGCGAGUGGGAAGGAGACGCUGACCCCAGGCGUCAACGACAAAGAGAACAACGCGGGCCAAGUGAAGGUGAAGCAGCUUAUUAUGGCAUCGUUGUCAAUGGCGUUGGGCCAGCGGGUGAUGAUGAAGCGCACAGGCACGGACAUGUGGAAGUACCUCGUGUACACGUACGAGGGCAAGACGAACGCGGCGACGCGAGUGAACCAAGAAAUUAUCCUGUUCAACUGGUUGCAGACGAUGAAGUGCAAGCUGGGCGAUAAUGUGGCACAGCACGUGGACAAGGCGUUCAUGAUGAAGGACCAGUUGGCGGCGUUGAACGCGGAUGUGAGGGAUCCAAUUGCUGAUCCAGUCGCUGCCGACCAACGCGCGGUUCGCCAGAUUGCGCGGCAUGGUGGAGAGCGGGGCGGACGUGGUGGACACUCCGGAGAAGGUCAAGGACCAGAUCCUGCGGAUGCACAGCUACAACGAGCGCGACAAGAUGUUGCAAGUGUACGAGGGCGGCAGAAAGCAGCACGGCACGUGGGCACAAGAUGUCGAUUCGGUGCUAGUGACUGA